GUUUCGGUGCCGUCGUAUAUUACUACAAUUCUGCUACUAAUCAGGUGAAACAAGCUGUGUACGAGACUAAGGAAGCUAGAGAAGAACGUUUAAAUCAAAUUAUUAAAGAUAUUCAAGACAGAAUUCAGGAAAUGAGGAAAAAAGGGGACCAAAAACUUUCCCUGCAUGAAAUAGAGCAUGAUAUCACGCUACAACUUAAUCCUGGACAAGCAAGGAUCCUUUCCGAUGUCAUAAAGGAACAGUUUGGAAAUCUACAAAAUAUUCGUGAUAUUACUGAAGACAAGGUUACUUCUUUUUUGACUUCUUUAAAAUCCGGAUUGGCUGAAACUGCUGAAUAUGUAGGCGAAACUUAUGAUACUAUUAAAGAAAGAGUUUAUGAUGAAUAUGGUAAUUUGGGUGAACAGUUGGGUGAAGGUUAUCAGGCCGCUAAAAACAAAGCUUCGGAAGGUUAUGAAAAAGCAUCCGAGAAAAUAGGGUUUGAUAAGAUGAAAGAGCAAUUAAGACAUGAAAAAGAUGAAUUGUAA